AUGCCAGCUUCUCAUCGAGUCCCCCAGGAUAGCCCAGUUGCCGCAUUUUUAACCGAAUAUGCUUCUGACACUGAGGUCUUCGUUAGCCAUCAUGACACCACUGAGGCGAGAAGCCGAAAAAAACACUUCCUCUUAAUGCUGGGUGCCAAUCUUGCAUGGUCUUCUCUACUUGCCAAACGCGCAUACGGCGCUCUGUACCGCUACGGCAUCCUGUUUAUCCUUGGGAAAAUAUCACCAAUACUCGAGACCCCUCCUCCUGCAGUGAACUGGCCAUUAGCAGGUCAAUUGUGCCUUGACAUAUUUUUAUUGUCCGUGUUGCUGCCCUUGAUGAACAACUUCGUCUCCGUCGCAAAGCUGCGGUACCAUCAUGGGUUUCCAAAAUCUGAAAUUAUUUUCCGAAAACCUAGUUCGGCAACCGUUGCAAAUAUUCUUAUUCAGCCUCCGGAAAAAAGGGAUGAUUACAUGAAUGAUAUUCUGCGCCGUGCCGUUGAUCCCGAGGAAUUUAAACAGCCAACUUGGGGUAUGCCUUGGGAUGAGUGGGUCAUGGAUUUUCGGGCGAUGGGGGUUGCAUACGAGGCGGACAAAAAGGGUCUAAUCUCUAUAGAUGUGUGGAAGCUAGGCGUAUGGAUGAAGAUGAAGGACGGUUGGACCGUAAUUGAGCACGGGAAAGCCGGUCACCCUUUGAGUCAAGCUGGUAUGAUGGAAAAGCUUCAACGCAAACUCACUGCCAUGGGCAAACGACACGUGUUUACUCAGAUAGUGGAAGUCAUCCAGCUUAAGACUGUUGCGAAAGACGGAACUCCACUACCUGUCACCGAGGAAGUGGACACGAUCAUUGCGGAUAUUUUUCGCCGGAAUGAGAUUGAUUUUGCGCAGUUGACGAUCGAAUUGGCCACAGAACCUCCCCGUUUUGCAGCCAACUCGUCAAAGAAGACGCAGUAG